AUGUCGCGACCUGCGGGCCGAUUAGGCUGGAGAAGAUGCUACACUGGUCCUCGUCAUGGCAGAGUUGAUAAUCCCAAUGUCGUUCUCAAGGAUGACUGUGCGCUUCGAGCCUUUACAAUUGAGAUGGCUACAUAUAUUGCACCUUCAUUCUGGAAAAGCAACUGGACAGCACUAAGUGAAAGCGCCUUUCAAAUGAGUGAAUGCUAUGAAACGACACAUCAUGCUUAUGAAUCGUCCAGAGCCACUAAAUCGUUUGAGACCGCGCAAAAAAUUAAAAAAGGCAUUUGUCACCGCACAGUGUUUGUACGCAGCGUAACAGGUCAUGACUUGUUUGAUGGAACGUUUGAAAGGCCCAUGAAAACCAUUCAAGCCGCCUUAUCUCUCACCCGUACUCUGCGUACCGUGCACAGUAGUGAUCAUACAUUAUGCAUUACCAUACGUGGAGGAACUUACUAUCUCGGAACGAAUGCUUCUACGACAAGUAGUCAAAUUGGUGCGAUCGUUCUGACAAGUAAUGAUAGUAAUCUUGUAAUCGAAAAUUAUCAGGAUGAGCGUGUCGUAUUGAGUGGUGGCGCAUUAUUACAACUGCAAUGGUCGGUUCAUGCAAAAACUGCAGUUGAUGGUACAAUUAUGAAAGCUCAAAUACCAUCUUAUAUUAAACUCGAUCAGUUUAACGAGUUAUAUAUUGAUAGCAAAAGAGCCAUUGUUGCUAAAUAUCCUAAUGGUGAUCCUUCUACUCAAGGCUUAUAUGCCAAAGAUCCCGGAUUCUCUUUCGAUGCACAAAGAUGGUGGCCACCGAGUUUUAAUCGUAGCGUGGAAAUUCAUGUUCAAGAACCUUACCGCAACGGCACAGUAUUUACAAAUUAUCAACUUGGUUUAGGUGGUGGUGCUUCUGUUUUCAAUCCGCCUACCAAUUUUUGGAGCACAGCCGCACCACCUGCAGGUGAUAAUUAUGUCGUUCCUCGUGGUCUCACCGUGAAAAAUGGAACAUUGCUCCACAUUGGUAGCUGGAGUAACCCUACGACUGGUUUCGUGCACGCUUUUCACGCUGGUUAUUGGGGUAGUUGGGUAUUCGAAAUAGCAUCGAUCAAUAGCACCGAAAAUACGAUCGUAUUUGGUCGAGGAGGAUUUCAAGAAGCACGAGGUUCUAGUGAUGGUGGUGCAUAUUAUGUUGCUAACAUUUUCGAAGAGCUUGAUUCACCAAACGAAUGGUUUUUGAACAAAGAUACUCGCACUCUCUAUUUUAUGCCCAACGAAACUAUGCCUCAAGUUUUUGUAGCCAGUCAAAUUCCUUGUCUCAUUUCCAUGAGUGGCAGUAGUAUGGAGGAUGCUGUCAACAAUGUACUGAUACAAGGUUUGAUAUUGACAGAAACAAGUAGUACCUAUAUGAGAGAUUACAUGGUGCCAGGCGGUGGUGAUUGGGCCGUUCAUCGAGGUGGCACUAUUUACUUGACAAAUACGAAAAAUGUCACCAUUACACACAAUUUAUUCACACAACUGGGUAGCAAUGGUGUGGCUUUGAUUGAUCACAACGUCGCUACUUCUAUCACAUUGAGUGAAUUCGUAUGGUUGGCCGACUCGGCUAUCAUUCUUGUUGGCAGCACGAAUGGAAUCGAUGGUUUUAGCGUCGCUAGUCAACCUGACAAUACACUCAUACAGUCAAACCUCAUACAUGAGACCGGUAUCUAUAUCAAGCAAUCAUCACCAGUACUGAUUGCUGUAAGUAGGAGUGUGUCUGUCGUCGGCAAUCUCAUGUUCAAUACACCGCGAGCGGCAAUCAAUGUCAAUGACGGUUACUAUGGUAAUCAUACUGUUAGUUGGAAUGUUAUGUUCAAUACUGUGCGAGAAACUAGUGAUCAUGGACCCAUCAAUACAUGGGAUCGACAACCAUUUUUGAGCGAUGCAGUGCAACCUGGCUUACCUUCACUUUGGCAGCAUCAAAGCUACAUUCAUCAUAACGUGCUCUUCAAUAAUUACAACGCUCUAUGGCCCAUUGAUCAUGACGAUGGUAGCUGUUUCUAUGAAGAUAGUUACAAUUUUCACGUAUAUGGUGGGAAGAAAAAUUUUUUAGGUCAUUCAAAAAUAGAUCAUCAUCAAAUUUAUGUGUAUCCGGAUGCAAAUAAAGGCGAUUUCGGCAGUAACAAUCCGGUACCCUACGUUAUUGGAAAUUGUGAUACAGCGAAUCUAUUUGUACCUUAUUUAGCAAAUAAUAAAAUCUAUAUUCCAUCUGGUGCACAAGUUGUAUUUACAUGUAACGUCAAUGGUACAAGUACACAACCUAGUUUAGAACAAUGGCAAUCAUAUGAUUUGGAUAUUGGUACUACUGUCCAAACAACACCCGACGUUCAAACAAUCAUUCAGUGGGGCCGUGAAAUGUUACAAACAACAACACAAGAAGACUUGUCAAGCAGGAAAAAGUGA